CAGCUCAGCGAUCUAGUUACGUGGCCGGGGGAAAAAAAAUGUUGCAGUAGCAAAGGAGAGGGAGAGGAAGAGAGACACAGAGAGACUGCAGCAUCGCUGGAGACCGGAGGCAGCAGCAGUCCCGAGCAGUGCAGGUGAGAGGGGGGAGAGAGAGAGAAAGAGAGAGAGAAAAAAGCCAGAGGAGGAGGAGGAGGAGGAGGAGGAUGAGAGGGAGGCGCAUUUGCUGGAGUGAGAGAGAAUGCGGGACUCUUGGAAAGAAAGGCGCAUCUCCACUCGGGUCCAGCAGCAAUAUCCCGAGCGUGGACUGCACAUGGAUUACUCCAAACUGAGCUUGGGAUAUCCAGUUUAAGCCCACCAAAGAGGGGGUUGUUUUAUUUGUUGUAUUUCCACUCAUAAAUAUCGCCCAAAAGUCGCUUUGCGAAGCACUCUGGUCUGAUCAGAACUUGCGUGAAGGAAUCUGGCUGCUUGGCACGUUGCUCCACUGCGGGAAAAAGCGACGAGCGCAGCUGGACGCGAAGUGGUGCUGCAUUGCAGUUUCUAAGUGAAAAACGUCCAGAAAGCCCGCUGUCCCAAAUGUGACUGGAAUUUUUUUUUUAAGAACUUACAAAUGGCAUUAUGAGCCGACAAGCGUCUCGGUGUGACAGCGGGAUAGAAGCAAUGAGUGAGGGGGGAAAAAAGUGGAUUAAUGAAAGACUGCUGAAUUAGGUUCCUUUUCCUGCAGCAGGAUGGAUUUUUUUUUUUACAUCUUUGCGACUUGUUCUACCAAGAAAGACUGCAAUGUGAUUUGUUAUUGAAGUUGAAAGCUCACCGCAGAGUAUAGGAGAAGAAUAAAAUAAAGGAUCCCGCACUGCUGAAGUGAAGAGUGCAGCUUUUCCCCGGACCUCAGGCGGCAGUCCGCAGAGAGCGAUAGAGAGAGGAAGGCAAAGGAAGGAUAAAUCAAACACCCACGCUGCGAGGUACAGCAGACCACAAGACGCCAAUAAAGAGUAAUCCAUAGCCGGGGAAGCAGGCAGAGGUGUGAGGAGAGCGGUGAGAGGGAGACGGAGCCAUGCAGAGGCUUGGUGCAGUGCACUCCUCCGCGGCGCAGCAUCUCAGCCUCGUGGUGAUGCUGCAGCUGCUGCUGACUCAGCUGCCGGGUGCAGACUCAGCUCUCCGGUACCGGGUGGCAGAAGAGGGCCCGCCGGACGUCAAGAUCGGCAACGUGGCCGCAGACCUGGGCCUCACGGCCGGCACGGGGAGCGGGGACGUCACCUUUGCCUUGGAGAGUGGCUCAGAGUUCUUCAAGAUUGACAAUGUGACAGGUGAGCUGACAACAGGCCCGCGGCGCAUAGACAGAGAGAAGCUCCCCCAGUGCCAGAUGAUCUUUGAUGAAAAUGAGUGUUUCUUGGACUUUGAGGUGUCAGUGAUCGGCCCACUGCAGAGCUGGGUGGACCUGUUUGAAGGACGGGUUGUCAUAACAGAUAUCAAUGACAACACUCCUUCAUUCCCCUCACCUGUGCUGCAGCUCUCAGUUGAGGAGAAUCGCCCAAUAGGAACCCUGUACCUGCUUCCCACUGCAACAGACAGAGAUUUUGGGAAAAAUGGCAUUGACCGUUAUGAGCUCAUCCAAGAUAAUGGAGCGGGGUCAAGUUCAACGAGGCGCGCAGCAGGAGGAAACCCCAUUACUAGAGCGGAUGGACUUGACCGGAGGGGUAGAAGUGGAGAUAACGCAGGAGGUGCAAGGAGCACUGUUUUUGAACUGCAAGUAGCAGACAUACCAGAUGGUGAGAAACAGCCACAGCUCAUUGUGAAAGGCACACUGGACCGUGAGCUAAAAGACUCCUAUGAGCUCAUCCUCAAGGUUCGAGAUGGUGGGAACCCACCACGUUCCUCCCAAGCCCUGCUUCGUGUUUCUAUCACUGAUGUGAACGACAACAGCCCGCAGUUUGAGAGGUCUACCUACGAGGCUGAAAUGACAGAGAACGCCCCACCGGGUACACCUGUCCUCCAGGUCAGAGCUUCAGAUCGUGACAUCGGAGUCAACGGGCAGGUGGAGUACGUCUUUGGAGCCGCCACUGAAUCUGUGAGACGACUCCUGCGGCUAGAUGAGGCGACCGGAUGGUUGAGUGUUCUCCACCGGAUUGACAGGGAGGAGGUGGCCCAACUGAGGUUCACCGUAAUGGCCAGGGACAGAGGUCAGCCUCCCCGCACCGACCGCACAACAGUAGUGUUGGCUGUCCGAGAUGAAAACGACAACGUCCCAGUUGUAGAUAUCAGAAAGAUUGGCCGGAUCCUCGUUCGGGAUGGAGCAGCCUUAGUGCCGGAGAACGUUCUGGUGGACACUCCAGUAGCUCUGGUUCAGGUGUCAGACCGAGACCAAGGAGAGAACGGGGCUGUGACCUGUACAGUUGUAGGAGAUGUUCCUUUUACGCUGAAGCCAGCUGGGGAAACAGCACUCCCACCCCUACCUGCAGAUGACGCUUUUGACAGGAAUAAGAAAAAAUACUUCUUACAUACUUCUGCCUUGCUGGACUACGAGGCCACAAAAGAGUACAGCGUAACAAUCGUGGCAGUAGAUUCCGGCAGCCCCAGUCUGUCCAGUAACAGCUCACUGAUGGUGCGAGUGGUAGACAUCAAUGACCAUGCCCCGACUUUCGCUCAGAGCGUCGUGGAGGUCCACUUUGCUGAGAACAACUCACCUGGGGAAAGGGUGGUCACGGUUGUAGCCACAGAUGCAGACAGUGGCAAGAAUGCUGAAAUGGUGUAUUCCUUGGAUCCUGCUUCUGGACCUUUCUACAUAGAUGCGGACAAUGGAGAUAUCCGUGCCACCGGGGUUCUGGACCGCGAACAGCGAGAGAGAUACGAACUGCGAGUUAUUGCAAAGGACAAAGGCACCCCUCCGUUGCAAGGCUCUGCGACUGUCGUUGUUCAAGUGACCGAUCGCAAUGACAACGCACCAAAGUUUGUUCAAGAAAUCUUUACAUUCUAUGUCAAGGAGAACCUGCUAGCCAACAGUCCAGUUGGCAUGGUCACCGUGACCGACGCUGAUGAAGGUGAGAAUGCGGAACUGAGCCUGUUUGUAGAGAUGGAUGGAGCCGAUGCGAAGAAAGAGAAGGUGGAGGGAGAAGAUGGUGAGAAGGAGCAAGAAGAUAUGUUUUCCAUUGAGAACAACACAGGAACCAUCUUCUCUUCUGCAUCGUUUGACCGUGAAAAGCUUUCCACCUACACCUUCCGUGUCCGAGCAGUAGACGGAGGGGAGCCCCGCAAAACAGCCACUGCUACAGUUUCACUGUUCGUGACGGACGAAAAUGACAACGCCCCCUCAAUCACCGCUCCAUCCAAUGAAUCCUAUACCCUCCUUCCACCGGCCAGCAGUGCCCGCACCAUUGUCAGAACCGUAACAGCGACAGACUCAGACGCGGGCCUAAAUGCUGACCUCCGCUAUGCUCUUGUGGGGGGAAAUCCCUACAGACUCUUUGAGAUUGGCCACACAAAUGGAGUGAUCACCCUGGCAGAGCCCUUGGAGCGGCGCCACAGAGGUCUGCAUCGCCUGGUGGUUCGAGUCAACGACAGUGGCAUCCCGUCUCUCUGUGCCACGGCAUUGGUUCAUGUCUUCAUCAAUGAGAGCUUGGCCAACGCGACCCUGGUGGAUGCACAGGUGGCACGAAGCCUGAUGGCCCCACUGUCGCUAGAUAUCGCAGGAGACCCAGACAGCGAGCGUGCUCUGGGAAAACAGCGUCUCAGCGUAGCCAUCGGCGUCCUGGCGGGAGCUGCAGCGGUGAUCCUGGUUAUUCUGCUCGUGGUCACAGCUCGGCAGUGUGGCGCUCAGGGAAAGAAUGGUUACGAAGCCGGUAAGAAGGAGCCAGAGGAAGACUUCUUCAGUCCCUCGGGGGCUCAACCUCAAGCCCCACGAAGUGGGGGAUCAGACCGUGGACGUAAACCUCGGCGGGACAAACGCGGUGGUGGCAGCGGCAGCACGGCCGGAGGAGGAGGAGGGAAGUCAGACAGAUCUCUUUACAGUGGUAUUGUCACAGUCAACGGCCUGCGUCGCCACGCCAACGACGAUGAUGAGGAGGAUUUGAGCAGUGCCAGUGAGCGCCUGGCAGCACGGUACUGUGCUAUGGACAGUGACCCUGGCAGCCCACGGAUGGGCGGCGGCAGGAGACACCAGUCCAGUCCAGAUCUGGCCAGGCACUACAAAUCCAGCUCGCCUCUCCCUGCGGUGAAUCUACAGCCCCAUUCGCCCCCAGCAGAGGGAAAGAAGCACCAGGCGGUCCAGGAGCUGCCACCCUCCAACACCUUUGUGGGCAGUGGUGGAUGUGUGGGGAGCGCUGGCUCCAGCAGCAGCAGUAGCGGGGGCAGUGGGAACGCCGACGCCAUGUCCCUGGGGUCUGACCAGUGCUCAGAGUACGGCUGCCAGACUGGGAACAAGUACAACAAACAGGGGACACUUCGCCGGGUGACUUUCUCGGUUGUGACCCAACCCCAGGACGGCGGUUGCUAUGACAGCGGCAUGGAGGAUUCAGAGACGCCGAGCAGCAAGAGUUCAUCAGGGCCGCGGCUGGGAGCCCUGCCGCUUCCCGAGGAAGGCUAUGAGCGAACCACACCGGAGGGCAGCGUGGGCGAAGAGGAGCACGUAGAGAACGAUGCCAGACAGCUGCCAGACGUGGCUCUGACAGGAAAGUGCACCAGGGAGUGUGAUGAGUUUGGCCACUCCGACACGUGUUGGAUGCCCGUCCGCGCCUCGCCGCGGCAACGCCAGCGCCAUGGCAGCGACCCCCCAAGACUGUCGACCUUCGCCCCGGGAGACGACAACAACAAUCUCCGCGGCAACAACCACGAGAGCGACAGCGAGAGCGCCGGCAGCGGGGGGAGCUCGGAGCCCGGGAUGGUGGUGGUCGGCGGAGAAGGCCAGAGGUUACCGCUAGCCAACGGGGAUCCACUCGGCACCCUGGGUCGCGGAGACCGCAACAGGAACAUGGGGGACCACAACCGCAACCUUCUCAACCGCAAGAUGACGUCCGCGUCCUAUGACACGUUUAGCAGCGCGGGCUUCGCCAGGCGCCAGCCGGACGAGGAGGGAGGCGAGGGCCAGAAACCGGCCGAGGUCAUACCGCUGACGCGGACUGGAGGGGACUACAAGACAACUUCCUGCCUCACGUUGUCGCGGCGUGAGGUUUACCUGUGACGGCUCGAUCGCGGAGCGCUCCACACCACACUCCUCCCUUUUUUGAAAAAAGAGGUUGGAAACUGUGCCGACAGGUCGUCAGUGUGGUGCGCCUUUUUAUCCAGUGAAGAUGUGAAAAAAAAAGGGAUGCUUUCCAAAAGCCUUCAUCAAAGUGUAACUUUUUGGAUUCUGACUCUAAUUAUAGGCCCCUAAACUUAAGCAAGUCAGUGAUCACCUCUGCGCAGAGCACUGACUUGAGAAUCUUUUUGUAACGACUACUGAAAGCUACCUACGUACAGUCUGAGACUUCUUUUUUUAUCGAAUCCGAUGCAUGCCUGACCUUUUGAUCACAGAUGUGUGUGACGAGGAGAGAGAUUAAGACUUGUGAAGUCACGAUACUCUUAACGCAUCUAAAAAUUGAUGCUGCGGGAGGACAGAUUUGGACCAAACUGAUGAACCAUCUGCUGGAGAAAAAAAAAAACACUGAGGUUUCCUCCUGUCAAAACAGAUCAGAUGGAUUCAAUCCCAGCCAGCAGAACUUGCUAAUGGUUCAUCAACUGUAUCAUAACACAGGUGGGAAAUAUUAACCCGACUCUUAUGUCUUAAACUGAAUACUAAGAAUGUUCUUUAAAAACUUCAAUCAGCGCAAACAGCAGCAAAGAACUUCUUUUGUUUUUACAGUGAUCAAUUUUAACUAUUCCGAAUACACGGUUGUCGUGGAGUAUCGCCAGUGACGCCGUAUUCUGCCGUGUGUGACGAUGUACGUUUAUAAUUUUCCCUUUACGCCCAGUCUGUAUGUACUUUGUAUAUAUGUGUGUAUUUGAUGAAGGAGCGAUUCAUUAUGCAUCCGCCGUAUCCGAACAGUGCCCGUGUAUGAUAGACGCCCUCUCACACACGUAAUCAGACAUGUAUACACGCGCGAGCAUGCCAACACUUAUACACAAGCAUGCAAACCUCCAACUCCAACUGUGCAUUAACAGAAUGCAAACUUGCGCUGUGCCGCAGUUUUAUGACAUGAUUUCGUGGCCAUGUGACAUAAAGUAUGUAAUAACCUGCAUUCACACAUGGAUACACGACAACAUACUAACAGAAAACAUAAAAACUGAAGCGUAAACACAUGUUAUGAUGUAAGAAAAGUCAGGUUCAUGUGUGUGUAUGCGCUUUGAAUCAUACUUUUUCAUUCUUUCUUUUUGUUUGUUUUUACCCAAGGCCUCAUCAAACUAGCUGUAGCAUUUGCCUGCUCCUUUCCAGACAGUAUUUAAACAUGAAACAUAUUUAAAUAAUGACUCAUUCCUGAGUGAUGCGCGAGGCUACAUUAAAGGGAAUUUCAGUACCGUCUGUAAGUAACGAUAGAAAAAUGCUGAAAUGGGGAAGAUACUCUGCAUACUGUAAGUAAAAGUCAAUAAAAACAAAAAUCCCCAUCAUUUUGUGUACGAAAAAAAAGAAAGAAAAAAAGAGAAUGCAUGAUAGGAAGAUGAUGCAAACUUGUUUUCUCUCUUUUUUUUUUUAAACUCUGGACAGUUUGGAUACAUUUGUACGGAAUGUUUGGGCUUAAGGGGAAAUGGAGAUUAUCACGGCAGACAGGGCAUGACGCUCUUCAUCUCGGCUUCCUCGACCCUGGAGUUUGGCGGGAAAGCGUGCAGGAGUCUGUGACGAAAAGCAAACACAUGGCAGCGGGAGUGCAGAUUUCCUGACUGCUGAACGCCGGCCCAAACGCACCCGUACCUCUGUGCCGAGCUGCGCGGGUAACAGACUCCUUGGAAUCCACGCUUCCCAUCAGCUUCUGCCCAACUUCCGACACACUCUGCUGCAUUGGGGCCGAAGAGUGGAUGUGGAUCGAGGCCAACGCAUCUUAAUUCCCAUCAUCAGUGUGUGUGGCGCAGUGGUGUGAUAGGGAUAAUAGGGUUAGGUCGUCCCUGUGGUCUUAAUGAGUUUCCUUUCUCUUCUCUUCUCCUCUCUUGAUCUGAGCUGAUCUCAUUAACGUCUGGAUAGACCAGUGCGACGCUGCUGGAAACUUCCAGUAAGGGCGUCUCUUAAUAUUUCUGGUUGUUUUGGAUCAGGCGAGAUAAGAGAGACAUCCUUGUUAAGGAAGCAAAGGAAAAAAAGAGCAGCACUUAACUCAGGUGUGCAACGACGUUUAACCUACUCACACUGUUGCUGCUUGAUUGACAGAUAACUUAAUUUGUAAGUGAAAAAAAAGUUGUAAUCAUGACACCUCCUUACCUUUUAAUAGGGUAAUUAGGAUGGGAGAUGCUCUAUAUGUGUGAUUACACUUUGUAAACCUGUAUAUAAUUUAAGCUUUACUACUCUGUGAGCACUCUUAAGCUUUGAGCCCACUGAUGUAUUUAUUCCCCAGCGUUCAUCCCCCCCGCCCCCGCCCCCCAACCCUGAAUACCCAAACAUGGCUGUUUACUGAGCUCUGUUUUUUGGUGGACUGUGCAGAGGAUGUGUCAAAAGUCAGAGCUUGGAUUUUUUUUCCGUUUAUGGAGACUUCAUGUUAAAAAAAAGAAAGAAGAAAAAAAAAAAACGGUUGCUGAACACAGUCAUAAUAUCCCGAAUUUGUACACAAGCUGAGAGACUAAAAGGCAUUUGCUAAUUCUCCAGGAGAAACAGUUGGCAGACAUUUGCCUCAAUCACUAAAAGAGCGUGAAGAACCCAUGGAGACACCAGUUCUGGAGAGACUCAUGAUGCAGUCCUGCCUCUUCGUGGUGGCACGGAUUUCCUCAAACUGCUGUUUUAUGGCAGUUCCACAACGGCACCUUUGAAACCCCUCGAAUCUGGAUUUAAGGGAUCUUGUUGUAUAUGAAUCUGUGUGGGUGUGUCUUUUUUUUAUACUGCACGUUUAAACAUGAAUAUGUUUCUGUCUUCUGCAAAACAAAGAGGGGAGACAGACAGUGGGGAAAAGUGUUGGGAGUGUGUCCUCGAAAAUGAGAUCUAUAUCACCCAGUAAUGAAGAGGAUUUUAAAGGUGGACUCUUCAGUGGACAUCAUGUACCUGCCACACCCCUUGUGCUGUUAUCCUCACCAUGUACAGAUAAAACUACAGUGUAGAACAGGCAACUGGAAACAAGAACAGACAAUGGCAUGCUUAUUAAGGUUCAAAUUUGCACUUAAAAAAAAAAUGAUGUAAAAAAAAAGAUAUAUUAUUUUCAUUUUCCUCUUCUUUGCUUUUGAUUCUUAAGGGACUGGCUCAGUUUUUUGUUGUUUUUUUUUGCUUCUCCCCUACUGUAAUUACAUAAUGAACUAAUUGCAUUUGCUAUCAUGAGGAAGAAGAGGAGCUCUCAACGAAUAGUUUGGUAUGAAGAUGAAUCAUGUAUAAGUUUGACUUUGGCAUUAAAACC